AUGGCUGGUGGAGGCGCAACAACUUCACCCGAGCAGCAAAAGGCGGCCCUUGAGGCUGCUCUUGAAAACCAGGCUCUCUCCAACUACCUGUUCUAUAUUUGCGCCAGUAUCUCCGCUGCUGUCAUUAUCUGGAGGGUCUGGACGGUCAUUGUCAAAUAUGUUCGCACCGUCGCCUCUUUGAACAACGACAACCAGCGAUACUUUGCGCAGUCCGACUCCAAGGUUUCUUGGAUCAAAAGGAAUGUUCUUUAUGCCCCGGUCUUCAGCAAGCGCCACAACCGCGAAAUCCAGUUCAGCUCCGCCAUCAACGUCGGCACCCUCCCCAGUCGUUUUCAGCUGCUGUUCCUGACCGGCUACCUGGCAACCAAUGUCGCAUUUUGCGUCAUCGAUAUCCCGUUUGCUGGCUCCUUUGCCGCCGCGGCGAAGCUGCUCCGAAACCGAACCGGUACAUUGGCCGUCGUUAAUAUGAUCCCACUUUUCCUCAUGGCUGGACGCAACAACCCUUUGAUCCAGAUGCUGGGCAUCUCGUUUGACACGUUCAACUUGCUGCACCGUUGGUUCGGUCGUAUCGUCAUCCUCGAGUCCAUCGCUCAUACCCUGGCAUGGAUGUCCAGCACUGCUAAGGCAUCAAGCUGGGAAGCUGCUAUUACGUCCGCUACCACAGUUCCCUUUUUGCUCUUUGGCUUUGUCGCCACUUGCGCCUUUACCGCCAUUGGCAUCCAGGCCUCGAGUCCUAUCAGGCACGCAUUUUACGAGACAUUCAAGCUUCUCCACAUCCUGCUGGCCAUCACGGCCGUUGUCGGUGUUUGGUACCACUUACAGAUGGAGGCUUUGCCUCAGCUCAAGUACCUUUGGCCUGUCAUCAUUUUCUGGGCCUGCGAUCGCGCCUGGCGCGCCGCUCGUGUUUUCUACGGCAAUGUAGGACAUGGAGGCAGCAAAGCCCUCGUCGAGGCCCUUCCCGGCAAUGCCUGCCGUGUCACAGUGACCAUGGCUCGUCCCUGGACCUUCGGGCCUGGCCAGCACGCCUAUGUGUACCUGCCUUCCAUCAGCCUUUUGCAGUCUCACCCAUUUUCCGUUGCGUGGAGCGAGGAGGCCGAGGACCCCCUGGCCGAGAAGGCUUCUCUCAACCGUCAGGAUAUCCUCGCUAUGCGAAAGACGACCAUUUCCUUCGUGAUGCGCGCCCGAACUGGCAUGACCGAUACGCUGUACCGCAAGGCGGCUGCUUGCCCUGAGGGUAAGAUGACAACCACUUGCAUGGUGGAGGGCCCUUAUGGCGGCAUGCACAGCAUGCGCUCUUACGGCACUGUCAUGCUAUUUGCCGGCGGCGUCGGAAUCACGCACCAGGUCCCCCAUGUGCGUGAUCUCGUUGCUGGAUACGCCAAUGGAACGGUUGCCGCUCGGAGGGUGAUUCUUGUGUGGACCAUUCAGAGCCCUGAGCAUCUCGAAUGGAUCCGCCCCUGGAUGACGGAGAUUCUGGCCAUGGAGAAGCGUAGAGAUGUUCUCCGCAUCAUGCUCUUUGUCAGUCGACCGCGCUCCACCAAGGAGAUUCACAGCCCUUCGUCAACUGUUCAGAUGUUUCCGGGUCGACCCAACAUCGAAACGCUUAUCAAGGCCGAGCAGGAGUCGCAGGUCGGUACCAUGGGCAUCAGUGUGUGUGGUCCUGGUGCUCUUAGUGACGAGGUCCGCCGCGCCGUCCGCGACCGCCAGUACGACUCAGCGAUCGACUUCCACGAGGAGGCCUUCUCGUGGUAA